AAAGGCAGUGGCAGUACAAAGGAAACAUCUCAAGUGGUUUUUCUGCAGUAACGGUGGCAGUGGCAUUUGAAACAUGGCAGACAUCAUUGACUGUAAUUUUCCUGUGUGGGGCCUACUGCCUAAAAAAGAAACAGGUGUCACUCAAUUUCUCACGAAAUAUCCCGAAUACGAUGGACGAGGCGUCAUUAUUGCUAUUCUCGAUUCCGGUGUCGAUCCUGGAGCACCGGGUAUGCAGGUGACCUCGGAUGGAAAAACAAAAAUAAUUGAAAGAUUUGACUGCAGCGGUGCCGGCGAUGUUGACACAAGCAAAAUUGUACAGGCUCCGGAUGGAUAUAUAAAUGGUAUCACUGGUCGUAAAUUAAAGGUCCCUACAAAUUGGAAUAAUCCAAGUGGUGAAUAUCAUAUUGGGAUAAAAAAUGUAUUUACAUUAUAUCCUGGCAAAUUAAAAGACAGAAUUACAGCGGAAAGAAAAAAAAAAUUUUGGGACGAUGGACAAAAAGCUGCACUUGCAGAAGCUAGUAGAGCGUUACAAGAAUUUGAGGCCAAGAAUCCACAAUUAUCCACCUUAGAAGAAAAAUUACAAAAAGAGGAAUUAGAAGCUAGAGUAGAAGUACUCAUUAAUGCAGAAAAAAAAUAUUCAGAUUCUGGACCUACGUAUGAUGUUGUUGUUUUUCAUGAUGGUGAAAUGUGGAGAGCGUGCAUUGAUACUUCUGAACAAGGUGAUUUAGAAUCUGGUGUUUACCUUGGAGAAUAUUCUUUGACGAAAGAAUAUGCUCCUCUAACUCAAGAAGAUCAGUUAAAUGUUAGCAUUAAUGUUCAUGAUGAAGGAAAUACACUUGAAAUAGUUAGUCUUUGUUCAAGUCAUGGAACGCAUGUAGCUUCAAUAGCAGCAGCUUAUUUUCCUGAAAACCCAGAAUUAAAUGGUGUAGCACCUGGUGCUCAAAUAAUUUCACUAACAGUAGGAGAUGGACGAAUAGGCACUAUGGAAACAGGAACAGCAAUAGUAAGGGCAAUGAUAAACAUCAUGCAGCGUAGAAAAGAAAAAAUUCAUCUUAUAAAUAUGAGUUAUGGUGAACAUGCUCAUUGGUCUAAUGCAGGACGAAUAGGAGAAUUAAUGAACGAAGUUAUUGAUAAGUAUGGUAUAACAUGGGUUGCAUCUGCUGGAAAUCUUGGACCAGCGUUGUGUACUAUUGGAACACCACCAGACAUUAAUUCAAACAGUAUUAUUAGUGUUGGUGCUUAUGUUUCACCUGAUAUGAUGGUGGCUGAAUACUCUCUAAGAGAAAAAAUGCCUGGUAUGCCAUACACAUGGUCUUCUCGUGGUCCAAUGAUAGAUGGUGGUUUUGGUGUUACCGUAUGUGCUCCUGGUGGAGCUAUUACGAGUGUUCCUAAUUUUACAUUAAGAAAAAGUCAACUUAUGAAUGGUACAAGCAUGGCCAGUCCACAUGUUACUGGUGCCAUUGCGGUGCUUAUAUCUGGACUUAUAGCUAAAGGUUGUCCAUAUUCCCCAUAUAGUAUCAAAAGAGCUCUUGAAAAUACUGCUUUAUACAUAUCAACUUUGGAUCCAUUUGCACAAGGUUCAGGCUUAUUGCAAGUUGAACGUGCAUUUGAUAAUCUUGUUGCCUAUUGCGAUGCACCAGAAAGAGAUGUCAGAUUUUCAAUCAGUUGUACCGCACAUAAUUCGAAAGGAAUUCAUAUGAGAAUCGGUGUUAUUGAUCGGCCGAAAGAUUAUCCAGUUACUGUUGAACCAGUAUUCCUUGAUAGUGAAAACACUGAUCCAUCACGUAAAAUUGAUUUUAAUUUAAAAUUAACUUUGGUGUGCGAGGCAUCUUGGGCUCGAUUUCCAACGCAUCUUGACCUAAUGCAUAUGCCCCGUGCUUUCUCAAUUAGUAUCGAUGGUUCUAAUUUGCCAGAAGGUGUUCAUGCUACAAGCGUUAGAGCUUAUGAUGUAACCAAUAUUGCAAAAGGGCCAGUGUUCCAAAUUCCUAUCACGGUAGUGCAACCAAUGGUACUGCCAAAAACUGCUCUUCUCCCUGAUCUAAUAUAUACAAAUGUUUUAUUUAAACCAAAUACAAUCAAGCGUCAUUUUAUUCUCGUUCCCGAGGAUGCCACAUGGGCAGUCCUCAAGUUAAGGAGUACAGAAAAGGACAAGACCAGCAGAUUUGUACUUCAUACUAUUCAAUUGAAACCACGAUUAGCAUGUAAAACACUUGAAGUUAAUAAAAUGAUAGGAGUUACACCACAAACAGAAUGUGUUCAACCAUUUGCUGUUGAGGGUGGUUUGAUUGUGGAAGUUGUUAUUGCAAAAUAUUGGGCAAGUUUAGGGGAUAUGUUAAUAGAUUACUCAAUAGAAUUUCAUGGUAUUCGUAUAAUAAAUGGUAACUUAACAAUGCAAUCGGGCGAUGGUAUAAAUCGCUUAGAAAUACGAAGUUCUUUGAGAAUUGAAGAAGUUGUACCGUGUGUUACUCUUAAAUCAUCUGUACAAAUUUUAAAACCGACGGAUUCAAAAGUUAUUCCUUUACGAAAUCGUGACAUUAUUCCACCAACCAGACAAAUUUAUGAAUUACAAUUAACAUAUACAUUCCAUUCAGCAAAAGCAACUGAAGUUACACCAAAUGCUGCACUACUUAGUAAUUUGCUGUAUGAGAGUGAAUAUGAGAGUCAAAUGUGGAUGAUAUAUGAUAACAACAAACAACUUGUUGCCUGUGGUGAUGCAUAUCCAUCUAAGUACACUAUUCAAAAAUUGGAAAAGGGUGACUAUACAUUGAAGAUGCAUGUACGUCACGAAAAGAAAGAAUUAUUAGACAGAUUAACAGAUAUGCCUUUGCUUUUGAGUCAAAAACUUAAUAAUCCAAUAAUACUUGAUAUUUAUGCCAGUCAAUCUCAGGCAAUGAUUGGUGGAAAAAAGAUGGUUGCCGCAUCUGUUCCACCUGGACAUAUUCUUCCCUUAUUUGUUGCGCCUAUGUUAAAUGAAAGCAACACAGAAAACAAGAUAUCCAAAGGUGCUACUCUUGGUAGUUAUCUACAAGGUACAAUUACAUUAUGUAAAGAUGAGUUGGAUAGGAAAGUAGAUUACUAUACGUUUAAAUACAUAUUAUCUGAACCUACUAAAAAAUCAAGUAAUGCUACAUCUAAAUCAGAUAAGGAAAAAACUACCAAAUGGGAUGAAUACAAUGAAGCACUACGAGAUUUAAAAUGCACAUGGCUUGCAAAACUUGCACCAUCUAUACAACCAGGUGAAUAUGCAAACUUAUUGUAUGGAGAAUUGAAGAACAUCUUCUCAGAUCACUUGCCUGUACAUACUGCUAUGUUGACAUCAUUGGAUUCUCCUGAAGCACGUCGUCAUGUACCUCAUGAUGAUGUAUCUGAAAAUUCUAUUGCUCUUGCCAAUCAAAUAUUAGCCGUUGCAGAUGUUGUCAUUACAAAUAUUGAUCAGGAUAAACUAUUAGCCUACUAUGGCCUAAAGACUGAUCAACGAUCUGAUGCUGCCAAAAUUAAAGCAACAAUGGAUAAACAAAAGAAUACAUUAGUAGAAGCGUUAGUGAAAAAAGGUUGUGCGUUAGCACGAUUAUACGUCCAUGGUACAAAAAAAGGUGAUGGUAAUGGUUCUCAUGAGCAUUUACUUGAGGGUGUUACAAACAUAUGGCAAGAAGUACAGAAAUUUGCUGAACCAACUGACAAUAAGGUGCUUAUAUUAUCUUUGUGGCACGCACACAUUAAUAAUCAUUAUGGACGAUAUUUGAAAUUAUUGACACGUUUUUAUGAAGAAAAACCAAUAAAAGAAAUAGAUGAAAAGUGUAUAGAAAUUACAAGGACUUUGGGUUGGAAUCAUUGGUCGCAUCAUAUAAUUGCAAGCAUACCAGCACGUUAUCCAGGAGCAUAUAGGACAUUUUGAUUAAUAGAUAUUGACGAACAAAUCAUGAAUUCUUUUCAGAUUUAACACAAUUUUUGGCUAACAUCGUAAUAAGAAAAACAAACUUUAAGAAUGAGUUUUUAAUUGCACUGUAAUGAUAAUGACAUUGUGUCAUGCAGAUGUAAAAUACAUUUAGAAAAAUAUUAUUUUAUUCAUAGAGAAAAAAAAACAAAAAUAAUAAUAAUAAUAAUAAUAAUAAUAAUAAUAAUAAUAAUAAUUUAGAGAAAUAAUUAAAAUACUAAACUCUUAUAAAAAAAAUGAGUCAUAUUCGUACCUACGUAUAUGGUUUAUGCAGACCAUCAAAAAGUAACUAUAAAUCAUUUUUCUGCUUACACAAAUAUUACAUAGCAAUAAUUAUAUGGAACAUUUUUCAUUAACAACACAAUGCAAUGUUAAAGAUUUUAGUUAAAUAUGUGAAAUGAUAUUAGCAAAAUAUUUGACGAUUUAAAUGAAUAUAAAUUUUGAAUAUGAUAUAUGCGGGGCUGACCACUCCAUGCUUCAUCAGAAGUGUUAUAUACUUUGAGACUGCAUUUUAAAGGCGCUUAUUACGUCAUAUUGAUGGCUGAAUAAUUGAUAAAUUGUAUCAAUAAAUUCAAGCUAUAUAGCAUACAGACUUCUUUUAUGGAAAAAAAAAAUGAAAAAAAAAAAAGACAAAAAAAUAUAAAACUUAUGUUAUUAUUUCUGAAAUAAACAUGUGACUGUAUCAUUACGAAGCUCAAAUAGUUUAUUUAUGAUAUACAUUAAUGUAAUAGAACAUAUAUGUAAUAAUGACAUGCAACAUUUCUUUAUUAAAUUUUGUGCCAUCCUACAUAAAAGUUGCAUAAAUUCAAGUAGUAGAACUAUCAUUACAAGCACAACAAAUAUUACUGGCCAAGACAAAGUUUCUUUUCUCUCAUUUUUUUUUUCUUUUUUUUCUUUUUUUUUUUUUUUUUAUAUAUAUAUAUAACAAUAAAUUUACAUACUGUCAGUAUACUAUAAAAUAAUCCAUCGAUGCUGAAGAUGCCCGCUAUAGAAUAUAAUUUAAUAAAAAAAGAGAGAGAGAGGAGCUUAUAAUAUAAAUAAAAAAAAAUAUAUAUAUGGAAGUUUUUCUUUAUCAGAAAUGGAUAAAUAUAAUAAUUAUGUUACUCUCACUCUCUCUCUAUCUCUCUCUCUUUCACCCUCUCUCUUUUUCUCUCUUUCUCUCUCUGAUACAGAUGAUGGAUAUUUAAAAUAUAAUGACUCAAAUGUUUCUUUGAGAAAAAUUGUACUGUUUUUAUGAAAUGGCUGGUUAUCCAGAUAAUAAAAAUAAUAAUGAAAAUAUAA